AUGCUGUUAAAUAUAGCCAGGAAUUUUUCUUCGAAAAAGUUUUUCAUAACUGGAGCCUCAGGUCAGAUUGGGAAAAAGCUAAUACCUUAUCUAACGAUGACCCCCCCUCAAUCUUCAUGUCUAUUGCAACAAAAAUUUUCGAAAAAAAUUUCAUGCCUACUGCAACACAACAUUUUUAUAAAAAAGAAUUAAUGCAUUUUUCUCUAGGUGAGUUUCUCAAAAACCCCAUAAAACAGCGCUGCUGUAGGCGUGUCAAUGACCUUCUCAUCGAGAUUUGGACGGCUAUUGUCAUUGCUCGCCAUUUUAUUAAACUUAUCUAGCUAAAAUUUAAGAUGCGCAUCUAAAAUUUGCUGCAAGAGGAUUAGGAUUAUUGCAGACAGGCGCUAGCCAUAUUGGUGGCACAGUCACCAAAGACCUCCCGUGCAGAAGGUUCUACCGCUUUUCGAUUCCAGCCCAGAGGGUCUAUUCCUCUUACGAGUGCCCUUCCGGUACCUUCUGUCUCCUCCUUGCUUUGCGGCUUCAGUCUUGAGUGGGCGGCUUAUGGAUUUCUGCGUCCCUGCUACGGGUAAUUGGAGUAGCUUGAUUCCAAGGAUCAGCUCCUUAGAGUCUAUCGGGUAUCAAAAGUACCUUCCUUCGACAGCUACACGAAAAAGACUGUUCCCCUGUGGCCUGGGCAAAAAACCCCAGUUUCUCGGUAGAGGAAUGCCCAUGGUUCCUCGGAUCAAAAGGACGUUGUUGAGCGCAUCUAUUUCCAAUCACAGGAAAGCAGCCAAAACCUGCCCGGAUAUACACUUCUUGAGCCUGCGUUGAUUCUCAGCUCGGGGUCUGUCCCAGUUCGCAUUAGCCAUAAGGUCUGGAAUGCUGCGCCAAGAGGGCAGGUUGACACGUGUCGCCAUUUUAAUAUAUAUAAUUUGUUGCAAGAGACAUGAAAAUUAUUAUUUUUUUUAUAUAUAAUUUGUUGCAAGAGACAUGAAAAAAUUAUUAUUUUUUUAUAUAAAAUUUUAUAUUAAAAAAUUGCAUUUUUUGUUUGCAAUAGACAUGAAGAUUGAGGGGGGGGGGUCAUCGUUAUAUGAAAGAUAUGGACCAAACUGUGUGGUAGUCUCUGAUGUAAAUCAAACUCAAUUUGAUGUAGAAUCACAGCCACCUUUUCUUCCCCUUGAUGUGGUUGAUAAAGAAGGAUUUGCAAAAGCAGUUGAAGCAAGUGAGGCAACACAUAUUUUAUUAUUUAAUUAUUGAAUUCAGCAAAAUUAUUUUAUAAUAAUUUUAUAGUGAUUUCCAAAUUUUAUAUAAAUUAGAAAUCUUUCUCGUUAUCCUAGAUAUGCUAGUGGCACAUUCAAUAAAAAAAGUGCACACUUGGCCGCAUAUUUAUCUGCGAAAGCAGAAUUACAGCUUCAAAAAUCAAUCGAUGUUAACAUUAUAGGUGUCAACAACGCUCUAGAAGCUGCAAGAAUCCACAAUACAGCUAUUUACGUUCCAAGCUCAAUUGCAGUGUUUGGGCCAACAUCUCCAAGAGUGCUAACACCUGACGACUGUGUAGUCCAGCCAACUACAGCGUAUGGCAUAUCAAAAGUUUACAUGGAAAUGAUGGGGAAUUAUUACCACAAAAAAUUUGGAGUGAAUUUUAGAUCUUUAAGAUAUCCUGGAGCAGUUUCUUCUGAUCCUCCAGGUGGUGGGACAACUGAUUAUGCUGUUGAAAUCUUUUUUGAGCUCCUAAAGAACCAAGAAUAUCAAUGCUUUUUAUCAAAAGGAACUGAACUUCCUAUGAUGUAUAUUGAUGAUCUUAUCCAAGGAACUGUAAACAAUAUAUAGUGUGACUUAAUAGAUGCCCCAGAAGAAACACUGACCCGAAGAGUCUACAACCUAGGAGCAAUCAGCUUUACUGCUGAACAGCUGACUUCAUGUAUAUUAAAAUAUAUCCCAGGAACUGUCACUUACAAGUCAGAUCAUAGACAAGCUUAUGCUGAUUCUUGGCCUAUGAGUAUUGAUGACUCUUUGGCUAGAAGAGACUGGAAUUGGAAACACAAAUUUGACAUUGACCUCAUGACCCGAACCAUGAUUGAGCUGAUUUCCAAACAAAUGCAUAAACCCAAUCCAAUUAAAGUUGCAUAA